ACGUUCAUUUUCCAACAUGAACUUUAUAACUAGUCUAGUAUUGACUUGACAAGUUAUCAUGGGAUACGUUGAUAACGAUAGUUUAAGAAAUCGAAACAACAUGGGAAAACCCACAUCAGUUUUGUAAUUGUAAUGGAAACAUAAUAGUAUUCGAGGAACGACCGGAAGGAAGAUUACGUGUAAAACAAUCUUGGAUAUGGCUCAUGUGACUGAUGGGUUGAGUUCGAGUGAAAACGAGGAUCGGAUGGCCCUUGUUAAAAGAUCGAUAUUACCAGUGAAAAGAGAGGGAUGUUUUCCUUUCAGUAGCAUCUUCCACGUGUUCCCUAGUUGUUUCCGAUCCAUUCAAUGUGCGUUCAGAUGGAUUGGAACACUAGGACUAGAUCAGAGGGACAUAUGUGGAAGAUGCAUUGACUUACAAGAUCGUCUAGAAGAAGGACAUCCACGAGAAAAUCAUGACCAACUUCAGAUUUUGCAGGAAAGAUAUGACCAACUUGAUGAGACAACGGAGAGACAGUUGGUAUCGCUACAAUCAAAAUACGAUAGCUUGUAUGAACACUACAUUGCUUUACAGAAACAUUCUGACUACCUGACGAGCAAAAUGGCCGAAGUGUCCGCCAACAGUGGAGAUCUAGAAUGCUUGAAUGAUCCCUUUGCCAACACAAAACUGGCUAAUGAAUUUGACAACAACAUUAGAAACAACCUUUGGAUAGAUCUAUGUGAGAAUAUCGUGGAUGAAAAGGGUGAUCACUCUGAAGUAGAAGUGCUCAGAAAACUUUCAAACAUGAUGCAGAGUAUUCAUGGGAUGUGUUAUGACAAGGCCGAUAACCAUAUUAGAGAGUUCCUCUUCCUUGACCCUGGUGAUGAUCUUCCCUUUUUGAAGAAUAACCUUGGCGUUUAUUCGACAAGGAAGAACAUUGCACAUAAUGAGACAGUUACAAACAAAAUCAAACUGGAAAUAAGGUCCUCCCUUCAACAAACAGAAGAUUAUCAGGAGUUGGUCAGAGACACCUCAUGCGAAGCUACCACGUCGUUACAGGAAUUCGUCGAGAAGUUCGCCUUAUAUUGUUGGCUCAUGACAGUGGCAACCCCUCGAAUGGUGCUGAGAUUUGAUGCUGUGGGCAGACCCUAUGAUGACAUCAAAGACCGUUAUGUAGAGUAUGCUACCCAAGAUGAAGUUGAAGAUGAGGUUCAGCCUGUUGGAACAGUGAAAUGCGUUGCAUGGCCAUCAGUUGAAUUGCAGGAUUUUGCCAAUAUUUGGAAGAAAGGGGAAGUGGUUGUGACGAAAUCUUAAUCUUUUAAAUUAUUUAAGAAUAACUGAAGGUGACGAUUAUGUUAUUGUUUUAUUUGACACAUAUUGGGGAAACCGUGGAAAAUGUAUUGGUUGAUGAUAACAUUUUAUCAUCAUCACUCCGGCUUGGGCAGAACUAUUUAUUUAACAAUUUGUGAAUUUACAGUUCAAACACAUCUUUAGCUGAUUUUGUGUGUGCGUAAAAAAAUGCUAAAGACAUUUUGAUUAAAACAAUUAAUUACA